UACCCCGGAGUUUGACGAUAGGACAAGAUGAGUUACGGCCGGUGCAAUCAGUCCCGGGAAGUCCGGGCUUCCUAUGAGCUAAAACAGGCGGCUGCUGAAUUCUACAAGUCCCGCAAUGUUCCUGAAAGGCUGGAGGAGGCGCUGAACAGCACAUUUUAUGUCAAACCAGAAGACGUCUACGGGCACUUGGCCAAUUUCUUUGCAAAAUUAUCCAAGACCCCAGUAAUUAGUGAAAUAAAGGGGAAAAAAGUUCUUGAUGGAACCGGUAAAGCAACGUUGGAAGUUGAAGUGUUUUGUACAGUCCAAAACAUUGACAAGAGUGUAUGCUCUUCUGUCAUCUCAGCUUGUUCAGAUCUGUUACACCAUACGUCAGCCAAUGCAAAUGGAUUCGGUGAAGAAGAAAGAAUUAACUCCAUUGAUGUGGCCAUUGAAUGGAUAAAAAAUGACUUAAGCCCAUUGCUGAAAGGAAUUUCACCGAAUGAACAGUUAAAAAUUGAUCAGCUACUGAGAGAAUAUUUUAAGCCAAAAAUGGAGGAAGAAAAUACAAAAAUGAGAGUUGAAAAAGAUACUGAACCCUCCCCACCAGAAUCUACUCAAACACCAGUUGCGUCUUUAGAGAAGAAAAGAGGAAGUGGAAAAGGUAAAAAGACUGCUGUGACAGAGAAGCCUAUUCCACCAGAGGAGCCUCAUAAACCGGCCAUAGUGGGAAGUCUUGCUGUCGGCGGAGUGUCACUCGCUGUAGCUACAAGCGGUGCGGUCAUCAAUAAGAUCCCUUUGUAUUUGCAUAUCAGCUCGCUAAAACACCAGCAGGUACCCACAGAGCUGGUUAUGCCGACACCUAUGAUAUCGUUACUGAGCUAUGGAAAAAUGUCACCUGGCAAAUUGAAUCUUAUGAAAGAAGUCCUUGUUAUACCUAACACAGAGCUUUCAAUACAACAGAGUGUUGACAUGGUCUUGGCGCUUCAGAAACAAAUUGUCAAACAACUUGAUAGUGUGUCUAAGGCUGGGUCUGUAAUUAAGAAUGUUUCGCCGUUGGGCUGCUUAAUAUUAGCGUGUGACCGUGUAGAUCAGCCUCUGGAAUUAAUUUCUGAAGCCUGCGGACAUCUUAGCCUGGAACUGGGAACAAAUCUUCAUUUAGCAAUAAACUGUGCUGCCCACGAAUUAAUAGACUAUAAUAAAGGUAAAUAUGAAAUAGUAAGUGGAACAUUUAAGAAUCCUGACGAAAUGGUUGAUCUGUAUGUGGAUUUAAUUAACAUACAUCCUUCCAUUGUUGCUUUAUUGGACCCACUAAGGAAAGAGGACAGAGUACAGUGGCAGAGGCUGUGCAUUGCUCUUGGCUCCCGGUGUUAUCUUAUUGGUGAAGUUGCCACUAAAUCUGUGUCUGAACUAUUAGAGAUCCGUGAUAUUAACAUUCCCUGGUCUAGUGGCUUGGCUGUAAAACACACCAAUGAAACUACAAUUUGUGACCUUUUAGAAGUAUUCCGUUUGGUUGAAGGUGAAAAGCGUGUAAGCAUUAUAGGAGGCCUGUUUGAGGAGUCGCUUGGUGACAGCAUUGCAGAUCUGGCUGUUGGGCUCGGAGCGAGGUUUGUCAAGUUGGGAGGUCUGAUGCGUGGAGAGAGGACCACCAAAUACAAUCGUCUGCUGACUAUAGAGGGAGAGUUGAUGCAGAAUGGAACACUGGGUCGCCGGGCUCAGUAUGAAUUCCCUGUGUUUUGCGAAGAUGAACAAGGUUUAGCCUAAUACUUAAAAAGUAAAUGUUUUUAAAUCAAAUGGGAUUAUAGACGAUCAUGUACCCAAAUCAAACAUUGUUCUUCUGUGUUUGUUACCAAAGAGGACGUUCUCAGCAUCACACAAUAUCCUGAUGAUUAUUACAGUUUACAGCAGACUCUCCAAACCUACCUAGUCAAUGCUACAGGAAUUCAGAUUCGGUAAAAUAUGAUCACAAAGAUAAAGAAACUUCAAAAUGAAUGUUGUUUAAAAUAAAAAAAAAUGUAGUUUGGAA